UUACAUCUGAAUUAUAUAAGCAGAUAAACAGAGUGCAUGUACAGAAAACAGCAUUUCAGGUGUGAAAAUCAAAAGAUUGCAGGAAAAAAACACAUUUUUGGAUAUGAAUGGGAUAGACACAACAGCCCGAGCCGACAUUUCUGGCCGCUGGUGAAUGUGAAGCAUGACAUGGUUUGAAAAGUCUCCGGAAGUCAGCAAUUAUACUUCUAUGUGGUCAGAGACCACCAGGGAACUUACUAGGAAUAAGAAAAGAGAAUUAACAAAAACUGAAACAAAAUGGUACUUUUAACACAUCAGAGAGAAAAUGGCCGUUUUGCUUCAUCGGAGUUCAGCCGGACGGGACAUUCUAACGUUUUCGGGAACAAGACGUUACGUUGGAGUUUUAGACGUAAACAGCUCGACACAAUUCAAGAACAAAAACCUGAUUAUUAUUUCAAACUUUUGCUGCUCGGCGACUGUGGUACAGGAAAAACGAGCUUAGCGAACAAAUUCAGCUGCGAUGCAUGCAGUAAAGCAAACUAUGUUCAAAAACCUGCCGUCGGCGACGUUAAAACUGUAGAAUAUGUUGAUCGUGUAAUUGAAGUGUCGGAUAAACACAUUCUGGCAAGGCUUUACGAUACUGCAGGUCAAGAAAAAUAUCGCAGUCUGACAGCAUCAUAUUAUCGGGGAGCGCACGGGUGUCUCGUGCUGUUUGACGUUACCAAGGAUUCCACUUUCAGUAAUAUUUCUUACUGGCUUCAUGAUAUCAAGGAAUAUUCCACCCAUCCGGAUAUUCCAACACUUUUGGUAGGCACAAAAUGUCACGUGGCACCUGAAAAGCGGGAAGUCUCGUUUGAACGCGCUUCAAAGUACGCAGAAAGUGUAGAACUACCUUAUCUGGAAGUGAGCAUUGAGGAAAACGAAAGUGUGGUGCCGGUGAUAGAGAAACUUUUAGAACUUGUUUUAGAAAAGAUAAAUAACCACCAAACAUUGAAUACACAACAAGCAAACAGGAUCAUACUUCAAGAACAACAAAAGCCUACAAAUAAUAUGUGUUCGUGCUAAUAAGAUGGCCACGCAAAGCAAAUGCAUAUUGAAUGUAUAUGUUUUACUCAUUUGAUCUCAUUCUACAUUUUGUGUUCAUUACUCUUGCCUUCUGAAACGUUCCACGACUGUGAUAUAUAGCCAUCGUGGGAAUAUUUUCUUUUACCUUGCUUUUAUUACGCGCAUUGUGCGCUUAUUAUUUGUCGCCGUCACGGAAUGCCUGACAAAAAGAAACAUUUUUCUCUGAGCCAGUGAAUAUUUCUAAGGGAAAUUCUUUUACUCACUGGGAACUACUUUCAUUUUGUCUUUUGUUCAUCUCCUUCACCUUUUAGGCACUGAAUGGAGUGUUGUUAUAAAUAUGCACGGAAAGAGACAAUGCCGUCUGCUGGUUCGGACAUAGUAUGUCUGUGUUAUGAAUAUUUCAUGACGAAAUAUAUUUAUAUUUUUUGUUUUCUGUUAAUAAUGUACAUGAAAUGUACAGAUUUUGUUAAAUGCUAUUUCCUUAAAAUGUUCAAAGGUUUCUCAAUGUUUUCUAAACUUUUGACAUUCAUUUGGUGUAUCUAAUGUGCAUCAAGCAUGCCAAAAGACACUUAAAUCUUCAAUCACUUCUAUGAUCAUUUUAAUACUGUGAGAAAUACAAUGGACAUUCUAAGAAAUAAUAUAUAGCAGAACAAUGUUUAACAUAUCUCAACAAUACGAAUCAGUUAUACGUCGCGUGUAUAAUCCCUCGUGAAAUUAUCUGUUUAACUUCAUCGUAUUGUUUCGGUAUGUUUAAAACAUUGUUCUGCUAUAUAUUAUUUCGACUGUAGUUGUCUUUUAUGUUAACAAGUAGAUGAAAUAGAGAUACUUUUUCAUGGAGCAUGUAUGGCGCCAAAUAUAGUAGGUUGGAAUGACGUCAACGCAUAACUGUGUUUUAACAGUGUAAAACUACGGAGAGUAACACGUCAGGCGGAAUAAGCUAGGAGUGCGUAAACGUCUAACGACUCGUUUUUCGAGCCAAAUAACGCAUUUAGAGUGUGUGAAUUAAGUGUAACGCCAUUCCGUUAUAUCAUUUCGAUUCUGAAACGUCUUUUAUAUAAAAUAGAUCAAAUAUAGCAGAUCUCACGGCGCCAAAUAAUACGUCAACCUGGCUUCAGAUUUCCGUGUUUUAAUGGAAAUGAGCAUCCAGUAAGAAAUAAUAUAUAGCAAAAAAAUGUUUUAACAUACCAAAACAAUUUAAUGCGGCUAUACGCUUGCAGAAUAAUUUACGUCCAAGUGACAUAUAAACGAUUCGUACGGUUGAGUUUGUUAAAACCUGGCACUGCUAAAUAUAAUUUCGAUUCUAAUAUAUUUUUUUUCUUGAAACAAGUAGAUGAAAUAGGAAAGAAUUAUUUCGUUGCGCAUGUAUGACGCAGAAUAUAGCUGGUUUACGUGACUGUGUUUAAAAAGUGUUACGAUACGGGUAGUACUAUGUUCCUGGAAAAGCUAAGGAGUACGUAGACGUGUAUUGUUAUUUUUUCGGGCCUGAUAACCUAAGAGGGUGAGAACGCCAUUCUGUUAUAUCACUUCGAUUCUGAAACGUCUUUUGUAUAACAUGGUAUAUCAAAUAUAGUAGACGUCUUUCUCGACGUCUGUAUUGCUCCAAAUAAUAUGUUGACGUGACGUCAGGUAGUUUCCGUGUUUUAACGGAACUGUGUACGGAUUUGUCAUAUUAAAAUAGUACAUAAAAAGCCUUUUGUUUUUGUCGAGGACAUAAUAAAAUUUCUCUUAGCUAUAUUGUUCCCACUGUUUCUGUUAAUUUUUAAUGUUGUUUUUUUUUGUGAAACUCAACUUGUGUAUAAAAAGAUAUGUCUUAUGUCUCUCUAUGUGUCAUUGUCUCCUUUUGUUAGUCAUCUGCAUUACAUGUAUUCUCCUUAUUUGUUAGGUCUGACACACGUGUGCAUUACAUCAAUACAGACAGCAAUGUCUAGAAUGGUUCCAAUAUGGUAUUUCCAUUCCUUCCAUUUGCAAAAUACAGAAGCCUUCAAAUAAACAAAGAACAAUUGUGUGAAAUUUAAAAUUUUUACUUUUUCAUGAAACUGUUUUAAAUAUGUCAACUGUCUUUUUUUUCAACAAAGGAAAAAUAUAUAAAACAAGAUGUUCAUAGGUGAAGGAAAAAUAAUAAACAAUAAAACUUAAUGUGUAAGCUUUAAAAGACUUUUACAACAUUUUGCCAGUCUUUGAUUUAUAUACCUAUCUGCCGUUAAUAAUUAUUAAUAAUAAACAAGAAAUGAUCAAUAAUUCUAAAAGAAAGCAUAUUUUCUGCAAAAUGAAGAGAAAUACCAACAAAUUAAGGCAACUUAAAUUAUAAUAUAUUGCUGGCAGCUCCUUUAGCCGUGUAAGGAACCCUAGCACCUGAAUAGUAAAAUAGGGAGUAUCAUAGUGUGUGUGCAACUUCAGUAUGUUUCGCUUUCAAUUACUGCGAAACCACCAAUAUUCAUGGGUGACUUAACUUUUGUAGAUUUCAUGGUUUAGUCAAUCCACAAAAUUUAAUCCUGGGCAACAAAGAAGUUUGUAUCAUGGUUUACCUGCAGUGUCAUUAUAACUGUUAACUUCUAUCUGUAAUAUUCUUCAACUGAGGAAAAGGUGUGGCUUAAGCUGUACUCUCACUAAGUUAGAGAACAUGUCUUAGGUCCCCCAUACAUAUAGAAUACUGUAGGGAAAUGUUGAACUUUCUGAAACCGUUCUCUAUUUCAGUUAGAGUACGCUUGUCACAGGAUAGUACCAAUGCUUAAAAUGGAAUGUUAACUUGUCAAUCAAAAUUAGCAGCCGAAUGCAUUGUUCAUAUUGGCAGACCAUGAUACAAAACAGGAAGCGUAGGGGCCACUUGAAUAAUAAGGUUAUUUCUCGAAGGUUACACCUUCUCGAAAUAACCUAAUUAUUCUUGUGAACCUCUGCUCUUUCUGUUACAUCUAUUUUAUGUUCAAAGAUCAAAUCCAUGAAUUUGUAUUCCCACAAAUACCCUUAUUAUAUAACAAUAACCUGUUUUGUCAAAACCACAAUAUUCCAUGCCCACAAAACUGAAUGAUUUUACAGUAAUACAAGUUCUGGAACAACAGAUCUGACACACUUUGCGUUUAAUGGAAUCUGUCAGCGAGAAAAAUCUUAAAAAUAAGUAUUUUGUUGCAACAAUAAAAAAACGCCGAUGUAAAUGCUCAAAAGCAGUUUACUCUCCAAUAUUUGUUGUGGAGUGGAUUGGUUAGUAUAGACUUUUUGUUUUAAUGUUUGAUUCUACUUCUACCACUAAGAAUAAGGUUAGUAUUACGGUAGUAAU